AUGGCGCGCAAGAUCUGCAAGAAUAAGGCACAUCGUAACCUCAUGCUUGUCUCGUACAAGUCUUCGCAGUUCCUUCGCAAGAGUCUGAAGGUACCACAGCCGGAACUACGCCUGUACACACUCAAGCUAUUCAAGAACCAAGUUCCGUACUGCGGUCGCAAGUGGCGACAGUCGAACAUGCGCGUCAUCACUGCAGUGUAUUUGCACUGUCGACCUGAGCUCCGAGACGACUGGUUGGCAGGAAGUGACGUGGAUGCCGAGGUCGACGAAAGUGUUCCGCUCGAGCAGGCCUUACGAUCACUUACACACUGGCACAACCUCAAGCGAUACCCCGAAAGCUUAGGUGCUAAACCUGGCGUUCUGGAGGAGGAACAAGAUUUCUUCCGUAACGAGCUCGAGAAGAUGGACUGGGGUGAAGAGGCUGCGAAUGAGGGCGAGCUAGAGCAUGGCUGGCCGGAUCUUCCGGUUGAGGGUUGGUGA